AUGAAGAUUUCUGCGGUUUCCGUAUCUUGUUACCUUGGGCUCUUCUGGACCCUCGUCACUAGUGCCAGCAUCCCCAGAUACUUUGAGAAACAUCCCGUCACCCGUCGUGACUUGAGCAGUGCAAAGAUUCAGCAAGAGCUCGGUGGCCUGGUCUCCAACACCACUUUGAUAUUCGGGCCGGAUGAUGACCGUUUCGGGAAUGCCACUUCCAGAUGGCAGGACUUUUCUAGGCCCACCAUUCAAAUUGCAGUCGAGCCCGGAAGUGAGUCCGACGUAGCCACUGUCGUCCAAUACUGCAACGCGAACAGUAUCAAAUUUUUGGCCCGAAGCGGCGGACACGGCCUGACAGCAAGCCUCGGUACAUUUAGUGGUAUCCAGAUCAGCAUGCAGCCGCUCAACCGCAUCACCAUUCAACCUGGCCGCAAGUCAGCCUGGCUCGGAGGUGGCACUCUCGUAGGCCAAGUCAUGCAUUAUCUCUGGGAGAAGGGCUUGGUCACCACCACUGGCGGGUGUGAGUGCGUCGGCAUGCUAGGCGCCGGCCUUGGGGGUGGCCACGGUCGCUACGAAGGUCUGUAUGGCAUGAUUAGCGACAACAUACUGCAGCUCAACGUGGUCUUGGCCAAUGGCUCCUCCAUUUGCGUCAACACAACGAGCCACAGCGACCUUCUCUGGGCUAUGAAAGGGGCCGGUCACAAUUUCGGCAUCGUCACAAGCUACGAGAUGAAUGUCUUCCCCCGGGGCCCUGACACCUGGCAUUACCAUAACUACAUCUGGCGUGGUGAACAGCUAGAGCUUGUCUUUGACACUCUUAACCAGUUUCAUGGGAACGGCACAACUCCUGUUAACAUGGCUUUCAACGUUGGAAGCUUCCUUAUUAACUCCACUGUAACUAGUGAAGAACCUGUUCUCUUUUGGACGUUUGCCUACCGUGGCACCGCUGAGGAGGCCGAGAAGCAUCUUGCUCCCUUUAAUGCGAUAGAGACCGUCUAUGAGGAAACCGGCGACGUCCCUUACCCGGAAAUUGGCCACGCGCAGGGCACCAGCAUGUCUGACCCCAUCUGCCAGCACGGCAGCAUGCACAUCACGUCGACGGCGGGUCUGCUGGUCUACAACCUGACAGCUGAGCGUCUCAUCUACGAGGGCUUCAAACGACGCGCAGCCCAAGAUCCGGACCUCGCGGCCGGGACUGGCAUCAUGCACGAAGGCUAUGCGACGCAGGGAGUGGAGGCCGUGGAUCCCGCGGGCUCGGCCUACCCCUUUCGCGCCGAUCGCCACCUGAUGUUCUUUAACGCCGCCCUGCCGCACGGUGAUGGCUCCCGCGAGCAGGCGGCCUGGGCCUGGGCCAGUGAGGUCCGCGACCAGUGGAACGCCGGCCAGCCGGGCCGCCCCGUCAACGCCUACGUCAACUACGCCACCGGCUUCGAGACUCUCGAGCAGCGGUACGGUCACGAGAGCUGGCGCAUCGAGCGGCUACGUGGCCUCAAGGCUCGGUACGACCCCGACAACCGCUUCCGCUACUACAACCCCAUCGUGGUUGAACAAAGCGGAGAGCAGAAAGCAGUCAAUCCCUAG